GAGAGAGAGAGAGAGAGAGAGGAAGAAGAGGUGAAGAUCUUUGUCCUGCGGCACUGCAGUCACAGUCAAUAUCGGAGUAGCGUUCAUUAGAGGCCGAAUGAUGGAGGUUCCACGCGUGGGACACAUUGUCAGUAGCCCCACAAGCCCGUGUGAGGACAUGAUGAAGAAUCUUAGUCUGGAUGCGAUCCAGCUUUGUGAGAUAGAAGGCAAUAAGUCCAUGGACAGCGGCAUUGCAGAGAUGGAGGAACUUCCUGUUCCCCAGAACAUCAAAAUUAGCAACAUCACGUGCGACUCCUUUAAGAUCUGCUGGGACAUGGACUCCAGAGCAAAGGAGCGGAUCACACAUUACUUCAUCGACCUCAACAAGAAAGAAAACAAGAAUGCCAACAAGUUCAAACACAAGGACGUCCCCACUAAGCUGGUAGCAAAAGCGGUUCCCCUGCCCAUGACAGUGCGAGGACACUGGUUCCUAAGUCCACGCACCGAGUACACUGUGGCUGUUCAGACCGCGUCCAAACAGGGUGAUGGAGACUACGCCGUGUCAGAAUGGAGUGAGAUCAUUGAAUUCUGUACAGCUGAUUAUUCCAGUGUUCAUCUCACACAAUUGUUAGAGAAAGCUGAGGUCAUCGCUGGAAGAAUGCUGCGGUUUUCUGUCUUCUACCGAAACCAGCAUAAAGAGUACUUUGACCAUGCAAGGGAGGCCAAAAACAACAAGAUGUUGCCGUCAGUUAAGGACAACAGCGGCAGCCACGGCUCACCCAUUAGUGGGAAGCUAGAGGGCAUCUUCUUCAGCUGUAAUACUGAGUUCAACACAGGCAAACCCCCGCAGGACUCACCGUAUGGCCGCUACCGCUUCCAGCUAGCGGCCGAAGCGCUCUUCAACCCCGAGACCAACCUGUAUUUUGGUGACUUCUACUGCAUGUACACGGCCUAUCACUACGUCAUUCUGGUGAUCGCUCCGAAGGGCUCGCCAGGAGAUGAGUUCUGCAAGCAACGUCUGCCAGCACUGCAAAUCGCCAACAACCGCUUUCUGACCUGCUCAGAGGAUGAAGACGGGCAGCUGGUGUUCCACCACUGCCAGGAUGUUAUCCUGGAGGUCAUCUACACUGAUCCUGUGGAUCUGAGCAUGGGAACGGUAGCUGAGAUCAGUGGUCAUCAGCUCAUGAGCUCAUCAACAGUCAAUGCCAAGAAGGACCCAAGCUGCAAGACCUGCAACAUCAGUGUGGGACGCUAACCCUUUAAACUGAACCUUUCUGCUGCCUUGAACAGCACAGAAACUUCGCCUUCACCUGUUGCCGUCCCAUAACUCUCCUGUUGAAUUUACCCAAAAGUUCCUUCUGAUGUCUGAAAGGCUUUGUUCAGACAAGCAGCAAAAUCGGAUUUUGUGGCGCUUCCAACAUAAAUCUGUCCAGUUGCUUGGAGUGUGAACAAACACUUGAAAUCAGAUGUUUUCGAAACCAGUCCAAAGCAGUGUCAUUCAGGAAGCAGCACAUACAGUAUGUAACAUCAUACAAAGUGCACAAUAUUGCCUCAAACUGUCUGAAUACACUCAUAUUUGCUUACUCUUUGCUCAUAUGGCAAACUAUGUGACAUUCACUAUGCAGUGAAUAGUGAAUGAGUGAGCAGUUUUGGACACUGUAAAUGCAUGAAUUUGUAAAUACAGUAAUGCCUCUCGCUUAUGUAGUCUAAUGUACCUUGUGAGUUCAGCAUAAGCAAGAUGGACAUGAGCUAAAAUUUCCACUUUUCUGCCCUAUCCUCAGUCAGAGUCAGAGAGGGAAUUUAUAUUCUGAAAUAAUAAGUUUUGCGUUCCCUCACAAUAUGUUUUGUGUUCCCUCAGAAUAGUUUUGCGUUCCCUCACAAUAGUUUUGCGUUCCCUCACAAUAGUGUUCCCUCAGAAUAGUUUUGCGUUCCCUCACAACAAGUUUUGCAUUCCCUCAUAAUAGUUUUGCAUUCCCUCACAAUAAGUUUUGCAUUCCCUCACAAUAGAUUUGCGUUCCCUUACAAUAAGUUUUGCAUUCCCUCACAAUAGUUUUGCAUUCUCUCACAAUAAGUUUUGCGUUCUCUCAGAAUGGUUUUGCAUUCACUCACAAUAAGUUUUGUGUUCCCUCAGAAUAGUUUUGCGUUCCCUUACAACAGUUUUGCGUUCCCUCACAAUAAGUUUUGCGUUCCCUCACAAUAAGUUUUGCGUUUCCUGAGAACAGUUUGGCAUUCCCUUACAUUCAUUUGGUGUUCCCUCACAAUAGUUUAGCGUUCCUUCAAAAUAGUUUUGCAUUCCCUCACAAUAGUUUUGUGUUCCCUCACAACUGUUUUGCAUUCCCUUGCAAUAAGUUUUGCGUUUCCUCUGAAUAGUUUUACGUUCCCUCACAAUUAGUUUUGCAUUCCCUCACAAUAGUUUUGCGUUCCCUCACAAUAAGUUUUGGGUUCCCUCACAAUAGAUUUGUCUUCCCUCAGAAUGGUUUUGCAUUCCCUCACAAUAAGUUUUGCAUAUACUCAGAAUAGUUUUGCAUUCCCUUAGAAUAGUUUUGCGUUCCCUCACAAUAGUUUUGCGUUCCCUCACGAAUAGUUUUGCAUUCCCUUAGAAUAGUUUUGCAUCCCCUCCGAAUAGUUUUGCGUUCCCUCCGAAUAGUUUUGCAUUCCCUUGCAAUAAGUUUUGCAUUCACUCACAAUAGUUUUGCGUUCUCUCACAAUAAGUUUUACAUUCCCUCAGAAUGGUUUUGCUUUCCCUCACAAUAAGUUUUGCGUUCCCUCAGAAUAGUUUUGUGUUCCCUCACAAUAGUUUUGUGUUCCCUCACAAUAGUUUUGCAUUCCCUCGUAAUUAGUUUUGCGUUCCCUUGCAAUAGUUUUGGGUUCCCUCACAAUAGCUUUAUCCAUCUCUUACAAAAUCUAAUCAUGAUUUUAUUACAGUAACCAUAAUUCAACUAUGUUAUUUGUAGUAAAACCAUAACCACAAAGUUUACCAUGGUUUUACUACAGUAACCAUAUUUGCUAACUUAUAUUUGUAUUAAUACCUUAGUAAUAAGGAAACAAUGGUAACCAAAACUAACCACAACUAUGGUAAAAAUAUAUUUAUUUUUUGCCAAAAUGAUUAUGAUUUUUAUUACCAUAGUUAUGGUUUUCUUAUGGUUCAACUACAAAUACCAAAUACUGUAGUUGCACUAUGGUUACUGUAGUAAAGCCAUACGCAAAGUAACCAGAACGCAAAGUAAUAAUGAGGGAACGCAAAAAUUUUGGUGAGGGAACGUAAGCUAUUGCAAAUGAAUGCAAAACAUUUUUUGAAAGAAAGCAAGCUAUUGCUAAGGCAUUUUAAGGGAACACAAAGCUAUUUAAGAAAAUAAAUUCCCUCCCUGUCCUCUAAGGGGCUCCCUACUUUCCACACUGACAGUUUCUCUCAGUAGUUUAAUGAUAACAAGUCUCAAUGCAUCAUGCUGACACUUAUUAUAGCAACAGAUGUGGAUACACUGGAUAUUGACAACUCUGUCUGAACAAACAAAACAGAUUUCAUCACUUACUAAAUGAGAGUGUAAACAGUCAGUCCUAAAGAUCAGAUUUGAAAAAUGAAUCUGAUUUAUGUGCAGUGUGAACAAAGCCAAAGACUCCUCCGCAGCAUGUAUCUCGCUGCUUUUGACAAAAUGCCCUUUUCUUUUACUAGCUCGUCAAUCCUGACCUGGUUCGGGUUAGAUAUGUCAUGCUCCUAUUUUUCUAUCCAUGUUGGGAUGUUGACCCCUGUCAAUCAAACUGCUUCUUUAACCCUUCUUUGGCUGUCAAACCUUUAAUGAUGUCCUCUCCCAUUAGAAUGCAGCAUUGUAACAGUUUAUCAAAGUUUAACACAAAAUUCUCACAACAAUCAGUCAAGACAACCAUUUUGAUGAGGCAUUAUGAAUGUGAUAAUGUGAUGAUUAUUAUAUUGAGUGAGUUCUCGGAUAUCUACAACAAAAUAAAAAUAAGUGACUGGAAGCAAUGAUUGCAAUUAAAACAAAAAAACAACAUAAAAAACAUUAACAUUAGCACUUCCAUGACUGUUCUUCAGCAGUGUUUCAUGUUAUUUAUUCCAACCCAUCCAGUAUACUGUGAUUUAACAUAUAAUAAAUGUGAUGAGACGUGUAGAUAGAAAAAUAUUUAUUUUUUAACUGGUGAAUUAAAAAAAAGGACAGAACCAGAAGUGCACAAUACAGAAGAUUUUGGCAAUGGAAAAGAAUGGGUUCACGGUAAAGCAAAUAUAUAGAGAUUAUAUAUUAACUGUAUAAACCAAUAUAGAAUUUACGUGCACUAAAGCUAACAUUCAAAAGCUACAUUUGUCAUUGUGGAUGUGUACAGCAAAUAAAGUCUGGGACAAAUAUAACAUGACACAGAAUAAUCACACCUGAUUGUAGCACAAUUCAACAGUUUACGCUGGUUGGCAUGCAAAGACACUACACAAAGAUUGUAAUAGUUCAAUGCAGUAAGAGCCGUUUAAGAAAGAUGUUGAUUGUUUCAUUUUGAGAGAGUAGCUACUUGAGCAGAAUUGCACUUAAAGCACUCAUCUGCUUCUUAUGAACAUAUCUUCUGCUUUGGGCUUCAGUAUUUUUUAAUAGUUUAAAAUGUGAUUGGACAGUCUUCAAUGGUGAUUUUAACCACUGACUUAUAUCAUGACUUGUUUUUCUAUGUAUAGGAGGAAAACUGUGCUCUGUGAUGGCCAUGUACCAUACUUAACACAAUUUUAAACUGAAUAGAUUUACUCUUGAUAUCUUUUAAAAUACAGUCCUUGGCUUUCUGUCUUUGCUAUCCGGAAAUUCUUCGGGGAGAAUAUUUAGUACUUCUCAUUUCGUGCUCCAGUCAUUAAAUAUCCCUUAUUUUUCCUUUAUUUUUUAUGAGAAAUAUAUACAACUAACUUGGUCUCUGCAUUUAUAUGUGAGGAAAUCACUGACAUUUGCAUACAAUUAUUAUUUUAAGUGCUCUGGGUUGUUUUCUAUAAGGGCAUUGCAUUAUUUGAGGUGGCCAGAGCUCCUAGCCCCAGAGAAUCAUGGAUCCUCAUUAGUGUGCAUAUGCUCACCAUGUUCCUAAUUAGAAUAAUAAACUAGCUUCAUACAAGAGCAAGACAAUUUUAAAAAAUCUCCUCCAAAAAUAAAGUGCCAUAUUCCGUAAACAUAGAUGAAUACUCUAUAUUUCCUUUUUGCCCUUUAAAAUAUGAAAUAUGAGGUUUGUAUAGAUCCACCUUGCUCUGUACACAGCACAGAGAUGGCACACUGUGUUUAUGUUGCAGUAGCCAUCAAAAGGCCUUGCUCGGUUCGGCCCACCCAUUGAGUCUAGGACUUCCAGAGUGGUCAAAUCAACACAGAAAUAAUAUUAAAGUGCAUUUUAGCAUCGUUAUGGCACAAAUAUGUCAAAUGUAAAAAGUCAAUUUGGUCCAAACAUUGGGUGAAUACUGAAAGGCAGAAAGAAUCUCUUUGACUCAAAUUGUCUUUGUGGUUUCCUGUUUGCUGAGCAACACUUCCAGUAAGCGUAAUUUGGCUUUGAGACUUUUGUACUCCUGGUACUCCACGGCCAUGGGAAUUCGGUCAUCUUUUUGUGCAGUUCUUCAUUAUUUUUGUAAAGCAGGAAAAAGAAAACAACAGAUACCACAUAAAAUAUAUGACUUUGUGAAAUUAUCUUACCAAUAAAACACACAUGUAACCCUUGAGUUGCCUUAGUGAAACAGUUUUGUACAUCACUGGAUUGCAGAUAAAACGAAAUGUAUUUUAUUUUGAAAAAAAAAAAAAAAUGCAUAUAUUGUGUACACAAACAUAGUUCUUUUUUUUCUGGUGGAAUUAUUUUGUGUAUCAUUGAUUAGAUGUGCAUAUGCUAACUAUGCUGAAUUGUUUUGUAUCUUGAUUUUUCCUGUUUUCUUCCUGUCUUGAAAAAGUCAAACGUAACAUAAACUAUCAUUAAUAAAAUGUGUUAAUGCCACAAUAA